AUGACUACAACGACAGAGCUAUACCCACUCACAAGGACGCUCACGGAUGUGCUAGAUGACGAGCUUUACCACAUGUCUGCUAACAUGGGCCAAGACACGGUGCAAACACCCAAAACAUGGAAGAACCGUUCGUUAGAGGAUCUGCUAGCGGCACCAGACCAUAGCUCUCAUCCCUCAUACGACUCUGAUGAUUUUAAGCAGUCGAUGUUCAGCAAAUACGCAGAUCCCUCGUUGACUACCUUGUCAAUGCAAAAACCCAAUCCAAACCGUAAAAGUGUACAGGGGCCACCAGCUUCCAGAACACCAGUACAGGCAACUGUGUCGCUCAACAACGUUAUGAACGUGAACCCGUUUGCUUCCCGUUUGCCUAGCACAACCCCCGAAGUUCGGAUAUCGUCCCCUGCUCUUUUCCAGGGAGAAGAUGAGGACAUGCUUAAUUCGGGAAACGAGAACUUUCCUUCAGAGAUUUAUUACGACGAUAGUAAUAAUCAGAAAAUGUUCAGUUGGCCCCUACAAGAGUCCGCGACUAUGUCUCAAGAUGCCAUGUCUAUUUUCGACCGUGAAUUUGGCGACGAUCUAAGCGAUGACGACGACGAAGAAGAUGAUGACGAAGCCGAACCGGACUUCGCUGAAGAAGAUCACACGCAAAACUACAACUAUAAUCAGUCUCAGCCCGAAACUUGCAACCAUCUUUUACCUCAAGAAGAUGAUUCCCUCAUAUUCGAUAGAAGUAGGCCUGGAACGAAAUUUGUGGACUGCGAUUCAAAUGAUCAUGCUAUAGCAGAUGAUGAUGAAGAAGACGGGGAUAGAGUCCGCGAAGAAGAGGAUCUAAACGACAACAGCUUUGCUGGCGAUGUGCUUUAUGACGCUAGAAAGAGCAGCGUAGUGUGUUUGGAUGAACAUUAUGACACGGCACCAUCAAGUACACAAAUUUCUCGUGAGUCUUCACUACCACCAGAUCCAGCUUCUUUUUCAAAUCAAAGCUCGAUAUCUUUAUCUUCGCUCCCUACUGUUGCCAGAAAGAAGAAAUACCCGUCAAGACGUAAAUCCUCAAACGCUACUUCUUCUACGCCGAGUGCUAAGAAGAAGCUUUCUCCGCUGUCUGAAUGUAGCGCAUUACCACCCAGCAUGCCUCAAGAAGUCCAUACGUGUGAAAUUUUAAAUCCCAUCACAAAGGACUCUUGUGGUAAGAAGUUUUCGAGGCCCUAUGAUCUCAUUCGACAUCAAAAGACUAUUCAUGCAAGUAAGAAAAAGGUGUUUCGCUGCGUCAUUUGCAUUCAACAACAAGGCGCGGAAGGUUACGAAAAGACGUUCUCUCGCGGUGAUGCUUUGAGCCGACAUAUCAAAGUCAAGCACGACCUUACUGGUCCAGAGGCUCAAAAGGCUAUACAAUUUGCCAAGGAAAACGUGGAGUUUGCCGGAGCUUAA